UCAGACCAGUUCAACCAUGGGUGGCAGCUCGUCCAAACUCACCGAGACAGAGCUCAAGCAGCUGCAAGAGUUCAGCCGAUACUCGUCGCGCAAGCUCCAGCAGGUGUGGAACGAGUUCAAUGACUUUCUUCUGUCCGAGAACAUGAGCAAGACGAGUGCUCGGAAACACCACGAACUCACCGAGGCCGAGUUUGCACGCUUCAUCAAGACAUACUUUACGUGGGAGACGGACGACGCGUUUGUUCACCGUCUGUUUGAGAUGUUUGAUGCUGACAAAAGCGGCACCGUCUCUUUCAAGGAACUCGUCGUCUCUGCGUCCGUGCUUGAGAGCGGUUCGACGGAAGAAAAGCUUCGGUUCCUGUUCAAGGUCUACGACGAGGACUCGAACGGUGUCCUUGAAAAGGAGGAACUCGAUCGCAUCCUUUCGCAGAUGUGCGCCGUGUCCCAAGCCCUCGGCUAUGACACCACAUCCAUCCGUCCCGUGUUGAGCGAAAUGCUCGCCAAGAUGGACCCGUCCAACGUUGGGUUUAUUUCCCUGGAGAAGUGGAUUGAGGCUGGCACCAAGUUUGCUCCGAUUCUCGUUGCCUUGGGCAUUGAUCAAACCACCUACAACCAACAGCGCAUCUUGGAAGGAUCCCACCAGUGGUACCUGCGCCAGAGCAAAAAGUUGCGCUACUGCAAUGUUUGCACCAAGACCAUUGGCAUCAACAAGUCCUCUGUCGUGUGUCAAGUAUGCCGCCUCGUCGCACACGACGCGUGCUCGCCGAACGCCUCGGAAACGUGCCGCAUCACGUACAACAAGCUGAAUGCCUCCACCAACGACCACCAUUGGGUUGAGGGUAACUUUGGUCACGCCGACUGCGCAGUGUGCCACGAAGGCCACUGCGGCUCGGUACGCGGCCUGGCUGGCUUGCGUUGCGCCUGGUGCAAGCUCUCGGUGCACAACGACUGCAAGGAGAAGCAGUCGCCCGUGUGCGAGCUCGGUCAGUACCGCCAACUGAUGCUCCCCCCGACCGCAUUCUGCCUGCGUGAGCUCAACCACGUGGUUGCGGACGCUGCUGGCAGCAUUGCUGGUGGUGCUGCUGCAGCGGCUGCCGGCUCUGUGGCUGAUGGCUCGCCCGAUUACAGCACGAUCGAAAGCCCGCUCGUGAUUGUGCCUCCUCCCAACACCACUCCCAUCGUUGUCUUUAUCAAUCCUGCGAGUGGUGGCAACCAGGGCGUCAAGCUUUUGCGUACCUUCAAAAAUCUCAUCAAUCCGCGCCAAGUGUUUGAUUUGCAGCAAGGCGGUCCGAUGGCAGGCUUGAAGCAAUACCUGCAUGUCCCAAAUCUCCGAAUCAUCUGCUGCGGUGGCGACGGCACUGUCGGCUGGGUUCUGGCCGUGCUCGACAAGCUCAAGCUGCCAAGUCCUCCUCCGCCCGUCGGUGUGAUUCCGCUCGGUACAGGCAACGAUCUUGCUCGUACUCUCGGCUGGGGUGGCGGCUAUGGCGGCGAGAUCAAGCGCGUUUUGCAACAGAUUGCCGAUGCGGAAACUGUUCUGAUGGAUCGCUGGAGCGUGGCGUUCGAUGUAGCAGACCCGAAUGCCGAGUCUGACAAGGUUCCUCUGGACAUUGUGAACAACUACUUCUCGAUCGGCGUCGAUGCUGAGAUUGCGCAUCGCUUCCACACCAUGCGCGAAAAGUUCCCCGAAAAGUUCAACAGCCGUGCCCGUAACAAGCUGUGGUAUUUGGAGCUUGGCACCAAGGAUGCCCUGCAGCACUCGUGCAAGAAUCUGCACAAGCACAUCCAGCUUGAGGUUGACGGCCAAGCCAUCGAUCUCGCAAACGGCCCGGCACUGGAGGGUCUUGCAGUCGUCAACAUCCCGAGCAUGUAUGGCGGUGCCAAUCUUUGGGGCUCUGACGAAAAGAUGGGCAAGCAAGAUAUGGGCGAUCGCAAGUUUGAAAUCGUUGGCUUGUUCAGCUCUAUGCACAUGGGUCGCAUUCGAAGUGGCCUUGCUGGCUCGGCUCACAAGAUUGCCCAGGGCUCGGUCAUCAAGCUGACCACCACCAAGCUGCUUCCCAUGCAAAUCGAUGGCGAGCCGUGGAUGCAAUCCAUUGUGACCAUCACCAUCUCGCACAAGAACCAAGUGGUCAUGCUGAAGCAUCGCGGCAGUGCAGACCUCCCGGCUGAAAGCUCGCAGCCCGAGAUGCGUUCUCAAAAGAGCAACUCCAGCCUGGCUGCUCAGCCUGCUCCUGCAAAGUGAGCGUCUCCUCGUCAGCCUCUUUGUGUCGACUGUUAUAUGAGGCAGAGAAGGGGGGGGUUUGUAUUUUCUUUGGCAGUCCUGUCGCGUUUCCUUUCAAACCAUCGUUGCUCCUGUCCUCCGAUGGGACUGAUUAACCUUGUUGUGCUUGUCUGCUGCAUUGCGAUUCAACAUCUAGAACAAUGAAUUGUGUUUAAGUGAAUGGCUGGAUGAAUGAUGAGCUUGAAGCAAUUUGCUGUAGUUGAAUGGACUCGAUGAUGCACAA